UAGCAAAGAAGCCCUUGGAACCAUGAGUGAGAUCCUAUCUGGUUCUUCCUCUGAAUGGAUGCAACUGAAUCAACAAACGUUCGAUACGUCGUUCGGAUUCUCCGAUGCUGCUGCGGUCACUCUCACCGCAAACCAGUUAACCCCUGUAGUCGCCGGUGACGAGCACUUGGCCCCCAAGGGCUUAAUAUCGAAGCCUAUUCGGAGACGGUCCAGAGCUUCUAAAUCAACGCCCAUCACGCUCCUCAAUGCCGAUGCCAAAAACUUUCGAUCGUUGGUGCAACAAUUCACCGGUUGCCACCGUCGUGGCACCUCCAUUUCGUUCGCCGAUACCACGAGAGGCCCUGUCAAUAUAAAUUUCGCACAUGCGAAGGCUAAGAACGACCGCCACUGUAAUUACAGGACUACUUGGGAUCAUGGUCCGAUACUAUCGCAGCCGUUUGUUGACACCAAGCAUGAACAACAACAAUACGAGUGCCAUUACCAGUACCAGCGGCAACUGUCAAAUGAAGAACAAGAAGGCGAAGUUUCUUUUGACAGAAUUAGUUUGGAUGAUGAUUUGUUCGCACAAGGGUUUGUCAUGGAUGAUGUGCUUUUCCUUGCAUGAAGUCCGAGCUUUAGCUUUACUAUCAAUUCCUUUAUCA